AAAACAACACAGAACUGUCAGAGACAACUUCUGCUUUCUUUGCGCUGUACUGAUUUGACUAUAAAAAAAUGUCAUAGCUCAGUGUUUCUGCCGUGACAGUUACACACGGUUAUCCGGACCCAUUCACAAAUCCCGGCGACGGUCUCCCGAGGUCAAACUGGCCGUUGGUAUUUUACAGACAACAAGCACCUGAAGCCAGAUGAACCAAAGAGGUGUCAAAACAGGACAGAGGAAUCUCUUUGUUCCUGCAAACUGAUUUAUUGUUGGGAGUGAACGGAAAACAAGAACUUUGGAGAAAUGUGAAUAAAGAUGCCUUCACUGUCCUGUGGAAUGGAGAGUCAGAAGUAAUGGAGUGCAGAGAAGAGAGGCCUGCAGAUGAGCAGGCCCCAACACCUCUAGAGCGAGGACUGCUCCACAUCUGGCAGUCAGUGGGCUCCUGUGCGCAGGUCUGUCCAGAGAGAGUGUUCCUGUCCAGGCCUGUUCUGCAGACUGCCUUGGGAGAACACCAUGGACUCCUGCUGACACAGGGUGGUCUGGUGUACUCAUUCGGUGAGCUGUUGUGGAGGGAUCUUAGCGUUCCGGUGUCUGAUCCGGUGCUGGAGGCCUCUCUGCUGGGGAGGAUGGUAGUCCGUGUGGCCGCCGGUGGCUUUCACUGUGGAGCGCUGAGCGAGCAGGGCAACGUCUACGUGUGGGGAGAGAACACUGCAGGACAGUGUGGGCUGACUGAGAGGGGCAUAGCUGCGAACAUCACAGUUUCAGAGCCGUGUCCGCUCACUGUGGUGGACAGUGAUGUUGUUCCUCCAGCAGCGGUUCGGGUUGUGAAUCUGGCCUUUGGGCGGGAGCACAGUCUGGCUCUGUCGGCCCAGAAUGAGCUGUGGGCGUGGGGCAGCGGUUGUCAGCUUGGCCUGGUCACGAACACCUUCCCUGUGUGGAGACCACAGAAGGUGGAGCACUUGUCAGGCAGACAUGUGAUUCAGGUGGCUUGUGGUGCCUACCACAGUCUGGCCCUGGUUCGUAGUUUACCUCCACAGAACUACAAUACCCAGAAGCCUUCUGAAAAGAGGGAGCGGGGCCAGUCUCCUCACUACACAGUGACAGAGAAGGAGGAGCCAUUUGUGGUUGAUGGUGGUCACUACUGUCCACUAGGGGUGGAGCUUACUGAAGUCAUGACAAGCGAGACCUCUCCCAGAAGAAGAGGUCCCAGACGGAGGCUCCAACCCGGGGGAAGGUCAGCUGGCAGCAGCCCUGCCUCGGUGGCUUCUGAAGAUGGCAAAUCUAACACUAAACAGUACAGCAUUAUGAAGAAUCUUCCAGCUGGCACCAAGCUUGAGCCUGAUGACCCUCUGACUCAGACAGAUGGCAGCCCCAAGUCCCAACCACUGCCAGGCUGCAGAUCCAAUAAGAAGUCAGCUUUCCCUGAUGAAAUGGAGCUUCAGAGCCUCCUGCAGAAACUCUCUUGUCACUCAUUGGAGAUGCACCACACCUCUGGGCCCGGAGAUACAGACUCACUGAGCAGUUACACAUCAGAUGACAGCUGUGUUUCCUCAACUCCUUCCACGGAUUUGUUGACAUCUAGUUAUAAGGAAGACUUUCCAAUUAAGAGUCAAAGCAACAAUAACAGUGGACUGGCUGUGCCAUACUCCUCCUCCCCAGUGUGUUUGGAAGAUGUUCGGCUUUGCCUUGAGGCAGAGGAGCAGGCACUAAAGGGGAAGAAGAGCUCCAGUCUCACUAAUAUAAACCAGAGAGGGAACACAGCAGCAAACAGGAGACGCUCCCUGCCUGGAACACCCACCCGUGGGUCUCCGCGGCGACGGCGGCCUUGUGCCUGCAAGCCAUCUUCUGCUGGUCGAACCCAGGCUGCAGCACCGGAGGAGGCUGACGAUGGACUGCCGUCUCUGGACACAGAAGUGUGGAGCUGGGGUCGUGGUUCUGAGGGUCAACUGGGCCACGGAGAUCAGCUCGCCAGACUCCAGCCUCUGUGUAUCAAGCCUUUGACAGGCGAGGAGGUGAUCCAAGUUGCUGCAGGGUCACACCAUUCAUUGGCUCUCACCGCUCACUGCCAGGUGUAUUCAUGGGGCAGCAACAUGUGUGGACAGCUCGGUCAUGUCAACAGUCCUGUCACUGUACCGCAACAGACAAAGCUGUCUGAUGGUCUUCGGGUUUGGGAUGUGUCGGCUGGUCAGAGUCACUCCCUCCUCCUGGCUGAUGGAGACUGUGUCCAGCCAGUCCUGUUGUACUGCGGCCAGCGGCAAGAACCGAUGUCAGCACAGAGUGAGAGGUCAAACCCGAACCAAAGGUCAUGCCAGAGGUCACCCAACAGAGCAGAGAGUUAUACUGUCAGACCCACCCUGCUGCCCUUCUGCAUGGAGAUGGGUUAUGCUAGUAGUGUGUGCAGUGGGGGUCAGAACUGUACAGUGCUGGUAGACCAGAACGUCAUGGGUUUCAUCUCAGCUAUCCAUGAGAUGGCCUCCAGAGAGAGACAGUUCUACUGCUGGCUGAACAGCGUCAGGAAGCUCCUCCUCACACCGCUACGUAACAGAGAGAGUUCGUGCCCAUCGUUAGGUGAGCCGUGCACUCAUCUCUUCUUCUCUCUCUGUGAGAGUUUUGUUCGUUUGAGCACCCUGAUUGGCCGACACUCGACGUCACUCACCUACUUCCAGCAUGAUGUGCAGGGCCGUGAUGUCACUUCCCUUCCCCUGCUGAUGCAAACUGAGCACUUUUUGGACUCGUAUAAAGAGUAUUGUUCGUCUGUCGGUAACUUCCAGGUGAUGGGUGGAUUUCAAUCACUCCGUAAACUUUCUCUUGAGUGUUUAGACUCUCAGCAGACUGUGCUUGCUCAACUGUGUGUGUCAGACCAGUCUGUCGGCGGCGAUGCUGAUCUGGUUUCAUUGUUGUACCGGCCUCUGCAGCAGCUUCACCAGUACAGCCGAGUCCUGCUCAAACUGGCAGCCUGUUACGAUGUGUUAACUGCAGAGUAUCAGUCCCUCCAUCAGGGCUUUAGUCAGUAUGAGUCCCUGUCUUUGUCCCUGCUGAGGAGGAAGAAGGAGGCUGAAACCACCCUCCUCUUCUGGAAGACCCACUCUGGAAAAACUACUCAGGAGGUUCUGCGUCUCCCACAGCGUCGUGUGGUGUGUGAAAGCAGCAACAGAUCUCUGACUCUGCAGAAUGCCGGGCGGUUCUCCAACCACUGGUUCAUGCUGUUCAAUGAUGUACUGGUGCACACACAGGGUGCCAUUCCCUCUCAGAGCCUUUUCUCCACACAUCACGUCUAUCCUCUGACCUGUCUGUGGGUGAAACCAGUCACUGAAGACAGCAGCAGCCUCUAUGCCAUCAAAAUUACGUGUCCAGAGGAGAGUUUCACUGUGGUGGCCUCAACACCACAAGAGAAGAACAAGUGGUUACGAUCUAUUAACCAGGCGGUAGAUCAGGUGCUGGGUGGUGGAGGUCAGGGAUCAUCGCCGGGGGUGAUGGGAAUGUCUCGCACAGCCUCCUACACGUUCACUGGAGAAGGACGGUUUAAAGAUGCCAAGUACACCGGGGGCUGGCUGGCAGGACGAGUUCAUGGCAGAGGCACCAUGAAAUGGCCUGAUGGACAGAUGUACAGCGGGAACUUUAAGAAUGGACUGGAGGAUGGCUAUGGAGAGUGUAUAAUACCUAACAAAACGCUGAAUAAGCCGGACAUCUACCAAGGACACUGGAGAGAGGGCAAGAUCCAUGGUUUCGGCAAGUACAAGUAUGCCAGUGGCGAGGUGUACGAGGGCUGUUUCAGUGAUGGGCAGCGGCACGGUUACGGCAUGCUGAGCUCUGGUAAGAUGGCCAAAAAGUCCUCAAGCGUUUUCAUUGGCCACUGGGUCCAUGACAAGAAGACAGGAUAUGGAGUCUAUGAUGACAUCACCAGAGGUGAGAAGUACAUGGGAGUGUGGCUGGACGAGCAGCGGCAUGGCAGCGCUGUGGUUGUCACCCAGCACGGUGUGUACUAUGAAGGGACCUUCAGAGACAACAAGAUGAGUGGUCCAGGUCUGUUGGUGUCAGAUGACGACACGGCUCUGCACGGGGAGUUUUCUGAUGACUGGACUGUCAAUGGGAAGGGCGUUUUAUCCCUGGCUAAUGGUGACUGCCUGGAGGGCCAGUUCAGUGGCGAGUGGACUGCAGGGCUGAAAGUGGUUGGAACGUAUACCAAACCAGUCGUUGAUGAACCAGAAAGCAAAGACAGAAGCAGUGUACUCAGGUUGGGUCAAUAUGUGGUGCCUGCGGGUCAGAGGUGGGUCUGUGUCUUUGAUGAAUGUUGGAGUCGACUGGGCUGUGACGCUCCUGGGAGAGGAGAGAGGGCUGCAGCCUGGGAGAACAUAGCGGUUACUAUAACAACUGCACGACGGCACAGCCCAGAUCUCAGUAAGUCUCAGACUAAAGUGUUGGAGUGUUUGGAGUUUAUUCCUCAACAUGGAGAACCAGUCACCACUGCAAACUAUGACAACAUACGACGAUACCUCAUCAAGGCCUGUGAAACCCCUCUCCACCCUCUGGGCUGGCUGGUGGAGACGUUGGUGACUGUCUACAGGAUGACUUAUGUCGGCGUGGGAUCCAACUGCAGGCUACUCCGGCAGGCCGUCCAGGAGGUUCAGGCCUACCUCACACACUUCUACUGCAUUGUCCGGUUUCUGUUUCCGGGGUUACCAGAUGAUGGUGGCAUCAUCCCAGACCCCCCUGCCUCUCCAGCAGGCAGACACAACUCUGACACAGCAGAGCAGGCCAGUGUCAUGGUGGUGAGCUGCUCCUCUCUGCUCCUCCCUCUGCUGCUCCCUCGACUCUACCCUCCUCUCUUUACCCUGUACUGCCUGCAGGAGGAACGGGAGGAGGCCCAGUACUGGGAGCGCAUCCUCCGAAUCAACAAGCAGCCCGACCAGUCACUGCUCAACUUCCUGGGAGUGCAGGAGAAGUUCUGGCCUGUGUGGAUGUCAAUUCUGGGAGAGAGAAAGCAGAUUGUGUCUACCAGUAAAGAUGCCUGCUUUGUUUCUGCUGUAGAGACACUCCAACAAAUCAGCACCACCUUCACUCCGUCAGACAAACUCCUCGUCAUCCAGAAGACGUUUGAGGAGUUGACACAGGAAGUAAAACCUCUGCUGCAUGGUGACUUCCUGUGGUGCAUGGACGACCUGCUCCCCCUGUUCCUCUAUGUGGUGUUCAGGGCGAGGAUCAGGAACCUGGGAGCUGAGGUUAAUCUGAUAGAAGAUUUAAUGGAUCCCAACGUUCAGCAUGGAGAGCUGGGAAUGAUGUUCACCACACUUAAGGCCUGCUACAUCCAGAUCCAGCGGGAGCCAACUACAUAGGAGUGGACAGGAAGAUGCCACACAGUCAACAAACAGUUAACACAUAGGAGCUGCCAGAACAAAACCAGUCAAACCAGCAGUAUUCUACUGGAGGCCAGUGGGAAGCUGCACUGAUGCUGCACAGACAGAUGUCAGAGGGAGGGAGAGCAGUAGGAAAAUGAUGUCUGACACCUCGUUCUUCAUUGAGCCUUUCAGUGUUUACAGCACGCUAAAGUUCUUUCUUUUUCUGUGAAGGACAGUUUUCAUAGAAAGGUAACACAUCGCCCUCUUCAGGUUAUGUUAGGAAACUGCGUUAUCAUUGUUCUAACAACAUUUGAUAACGUGUUGUUACUGAUACAUCAGCUCAGUUUCCAUUUCCUGAGUCCAGUAAUAUUCAUCACUGAACAGUGCAGUUAUCAUUACUUUUCAGUGUUUUAAUUUUACAGUAGAUGCAAUAUACAGUCAGGCCCCUAUGAGGUUUUUAUCUGCUUUCUAUCAGGAUUUACAAGCACUCAAGACAAAGGAAAUUGAAGUAUGAUCAAAUUUUAAAAGUGAACAUAAGGGGCUAGUAUUUCUAUCUUUCCACACAUUUUAUUUUUUUCACAGAACUUCAGUACAGUAAAAAUUGGUUUUAGCAGAUUAUGGAGGAGAAGCUCCAAUUAUAGUAAAUUCACUGUUGAAAAAAUAAAAUGUAAAGAAGCCUACAGUGUAGGUGCCUGUCAAUACUGCAUUUAAUGAAAGGAAAUGUAAAUUAUGUGCACGUCACUUAACUUUUUUUCUAAAUUAACGUUUCUAAAUCUUCAUCUUUUGAGUGCAGGAGAGGUAGUUCAACAUCACACUAAACAGAAUCUCAGUUUCUAGACACUGUUUAAAUUAUUUUUAUUUAUUUAUUCCUUAAUACUUGUACUUUUCUGUGCUACAAACCCAACUGGUGUGUGCUCCUGCAUGUUGAAACUAGGCAUGAAGCUGUUUAUCUCAGGUCUGAAAUGUUGGUAUUUAUAACUAAUAUAGAGGAAAUCACCAGUAGGACAGUAAUAUGUCACUACAGAGGGAAAUGAUUAUGUUCUUUACUUAAAAUAAUUAAUAAGGGAACACUGAUUAGCUAAAUGUAAAGAAAAUGUCCAUUCUUCUGCUGAUAUUUCAUGCAGUUUGUUUUUGCAUGGAGGGUGUUUGUGUGUAAACGAGCAUGUAUGAACAAGUCUGCCAUGGAACUGCCAAGGAACACUUUUAACAUUGCACUGACUGUACUUUAGUUUACCAACCAGCCAGGAGAAUGUUUGAGGGCAGAUUAUAUUCACUGUGUCAUGGAAUAGUUUUGGCAUUCAAGUUAUCAUCAAGUCAUAAAUUAUAAAGGAAAUAUUCCAAGAUUAUUCCCCUCCCCCAUCAAGGACAUUAUGUUUUUGGUCCUUGUUUGUUUGUGGGCAGGAUUUAUCAAAAAUGUGUCCAAAGAUUUCAAAAGCAGUGGAAGGUUGACCCAGAAAACGCAAUGACCACUUGGUGUGAAGCCGUUCAUUUAUUUAAAGGAUUCAUUCACAUUGUGAGAUAGGACAUUUAAAAUGUUUGCUACUGCACUUACUUAAAUGAAUGUAUGUCAUGUUUGUAUGUCUAUCACUCUGUGUGUUUUAACUCACAUGCAGAUUUUUUUAUUUACAUUUUUAUAGUUAAUUAACAAGCUAUCUUAAAAAGCAUCAAGGUACUUUAAGCUUUCAUGAGUUUGUUUUGAUCCUUCAAAUCCACCUACAUGUGUUAAAAAUGACUGCGUUUUCUGAUCCAGAUCAAGUAAUUAUCAUCAGUAUCCACAAUCAUUUUUAAAUUGUCAUUGUUCUCACUAUCUGGCAUGACUCAGAUUAUUCCAGACAAUUGUCAUGUGAGUUUAGGUAUUUGAUUGAAUUAUAUUAAUUAAUUUAUUUGGCAGUAGAAUAUAAUUUAAAUUAUUAGAGAUUUAUUAAAAGUAUCAGUCUUCAGUCUUUUAUCCUAUAUAAGAAAGCUCGAUAUUAAGCAUCUCCAUGGAGUCACACUUUUAAAUUCCACCUGAAAACCCACCAGCUGUAAAAAUCCACUCAGAACUAUCACGUGUUAAGAUAUAGACCCCAUGUUAAAAAACAACGUUAGUUCAGAUUGAUAUUUUUGGAGCAGGUGCAAGCACUGUACAGCAUGAACUGCUGUCACGUUACUUACUAUUAAAGAACUGAGCUUGUUUUUAUGAACAAAAAACUUGCCAAAAUGACAGAAAAGCAGCUGUUUGAUUCAAAAUCAGGUUAUGUUCUCGUAAUUUCUACCAUUGCAGCGUUACUGAAAUGUGUUUGUACCGUAUAUACUCAGUCAAGGUCUCAGUACAUCUCAUUACCUGUAUGUGGCGAGUCAUGAAAUGUUUGCUUUUCGUUUUGCUAUUAACACCACAGCAGUGUGGGUAGUGUACUGCAGAUCUAGCAACUAAGGAUGGAUGAGAUGAGCAUUCAGCUGACCUCUCUCUGGCCUCCUUUAAUGCCAGGUUAAAGGACAGUACAGAUGUUUUGCAUGUCUUAGCCCAGUAUCAACAAAACUCCUGUAUUUUUCAGUACUGCCAAUCAUUUUCCAUCACACACAGGAUCCUUUUUGUAGAUUUACAGAAUUUCUUACCUUUCAAGCAGCCACUGGUUUGAGAUAAUUUCAGAACAGCAUUAAAAUCAAAGUUUGAAGACUUUAAAUCUGUUCAUUUUAAAUUUGGUCAUCCAUUACAGUGAAUAUUUUUGUUUUCUUACUGGAAGCAUUUUGACUCCUUUGUGAUGUCAUUGUACUGAACUGGCCUGAAACCAAUCACUCAAAAACAUAGUUAUGAUCUCUAAAAUGAUCAGAAACAAUAAAGUGCAAUGUAGUUUCUACCUUAUGGGCUAAAACAUGUAAUACUAGUCAUGAUCUUUUCAGGCUGAGGCUCUGUCCUUACUGAAUUUAUGACUUCCAUUUAUUAUUUUUCUAACUAAUUCUAUUUUUGUAACUUCAUGCAUUUAUAGAACGAUGAUCAGGGGAACUGAAUGCAAAAUGUUAAUGCGUUUUGAUGGAUAAUUGAACUGAGUUAGAAAAUGAAGGAAGUGUUUACUCAGAAAAGGGCAAUAAAUCUGAUUUGAUUC